AUGUUCAUUUAUGCACAGGGUGGACUGUUUUUCUCGUCCACAUCGGAAAGUUUGGAUUCCACCUCAACCUUUCCAACACCUGCCGCACCAGGCAAGACAGGAAACGAACCGCUCACAGUAAAGAAACCAAGCUCCACGAUAAACAAUACGUCUGACGGCAGCUCCGAAAAAGAUUCGGAAGAUAAUUCCCGUCGUCAGGAUGAUGAAGCCGAACAGCAACAAGCCACAGAAUGUCCAAACAAUCGGGUUAUGAGUCGAAGAGCACCGAACAUAAGUCAGUUGCCACCGUCCAAUUCCGCGGCAAGUCUGUCACUGUCUUACAGUAGCAGUCCGCCGAUCAGCUUCCCGGAUUCCCUGUCUACGCCGAAAUCGUGUUACAUCUAUCGGAUCCUGUUCAACUCGGUACCCAACACUCUUGCACAAAAUACUGCCCAACCGGAAACCGGAAACCAGCGUAAACAUCGCGUAGCAUGA